UGUUGGCCUGCUGUCCGGUGCUCGUCGCUCGUCAAGGUUGUCGAGCCGGAAACGACCAGAGGCCAUCGCGGCUUCUAUUCCUGGUUUGCGUCUCUGGGUACGCCAAGUUCAAUUGCCCCUUGCAAAAGCGCAACGCGACUCGGCCGAAGUUGAAUCGGGAGCACCGGCACUUCGAGAAGAGCCCACCAACAGACGGUCGUCUUGCCUAAAUCCUACGUAUCUCUCUUGUCACUGCUGGUCUACCUAUUCGCAGUAUCAAUUGACCUUCAGCACGGUCAACCGACAGCUAUGAUCUUGGUUUAGACUGGCUAUAGCUUCCAUCCCUAGACAUGCCCCGCAAGCUUUCAAACCCCUUUUCUUCGCCCUCAAGCAUGCCCCAGUCGGAAAAGUCUGGAGAGCGGAGGCUUUCCCAGUCGAGAGGCAGUCGGCUCACUCAACUAUUCUCCUCGUCGCCCAAGAACAAGGAAUCGCCGUCAGCCCAGCAGACUCUUCAAGCGAUGCAGCAGCAUACGUCCCCGUCGCCCCACAUCACCUCCGCCACCAUAUCGCUACCGUCAAUCUCGCUAUCUACUGCCACCGCGGGGGAGCCCAGUAGCGAUGAGCCUCCAACAACACUCUUCCAGCCGCCAUCUGCCGCCGAGUCUAAGAAACAGCGCCGCAUUGAGGCCCAAUUCGGACCGCUCAUCAGCCCGAACCACAGAUAUGACUGUACGCACCAGGGGGAGAAGCUUGAGCCGCCGGUAGUCGACGAGCCUCCUUACUACUACGUCCUCACUACGUACAUCAGUUAUCUGAUCCUCAUCUUCUUUGGCCAUGCCCGGGACUUCUUUGGCAAGAGAUUCGGCGAUAAGAAGCACUAUCAGAGCCUGAAGGCGGCCAAUGGCUAUGCUCCACUCAACGAUGACUUCGACAACUUCUAUGUUAGACGACUAAAGAGGCGCAUCGAUGACUGUUUCGCCAGGCCGACUACCGGCGUCCCUGGUCGCUAUAUCACCCUGAUAGACCGCAAGUCGCACGACUUCAACCGCACCUACCAGUACCUUGGAACCUAUACCGAGACUCUCAAUAUGAGCUCCUACAACUAUCUGGGCUUCGCCCAGUCCGAAGGGCCAUGUGCGGAUUCUGUUGAACAUUGUGUGGAGAGAUACGGCUUGAGCGCCUGCAGUCCCAGGGCUGAUGCUGGUACUACUGACCUGGCCCUUCAAGUGGAGAGGGAGAUUGCCGACUUUGUCGGCAAACCCGCCGCCAUGGUCUUUUCUAUGGGAUUCGUCACCAACGCCAGCUCAUUCCCGGCUCUCGUGUCCAAGGGCUGUCUGAUCCUCUCUGACGAGCUCAACCACGCCUCUAUCCGGAUCGGUGCGCGUCUUUCUGGCGCUGUCAUCCAGUGCUUUAACCACAAUGACGUGGGACACCUGGAGAAGAAACUACGGGAAGCCAUCUCGCAAGGACAACCACGGACACAUCGGCCGUGGAAGAAGAUCCUGGUCGCCGUGGAAGGACUCUACUCCAUGGAGGGCACCAUGUGCGACCUUCCAGGCAUAGUGGCUCUGAAGAAGAGGUACAAGUUUUCCCUCUUCGUCGACGAGGCCCACAGUGUCGGCGCCGUUGGGUCCAGAGGCCGCGGUGUUUGCGACUACUUUGGCAUAGACCCAGCCGAGGUUGACAUUCUCAUGGGAACCCUCACCAAGUCAUUUGGUGCCAAUGGAGGCUACGUUGCGGCGGAGAAACACAUCAUUGACAAACUCAAGAGCACCAAUGCCGCAACAAUGCUCGGCGAGUCUCCCACCCCGUCUGUGCUGAUGCAGAUUUCGGCCUCUCUCCGGAUUAUAACUGGCGAACUCGCUCCCGGACAGGGAGAGGAGCGUCUGCAGCGGAUUGCCUUCAACUCGCGGUACCUCCGGCUUGGCCUUAAGCGCCUCGGCUUCAUUAUUUACGGUCACGAUGAUUCUCCCAUCAUCCCUCUUCUGCUGUACAAUCCCGGCAAGAUUGCCGCCUUCAGUCACGAGAUGUUGAAGCGGAAGAUCUCAAUCGUUAUUGUCGGCUACCCAGGGACUCCGCUCAUCAGCUCUCGUGCGAGAUUCUGCGUGUCGUCUGCGCACAACAAAGAUGACAUGGACCGUGUCCUGGCAGCCUGUGACGAAGUGGGAGACAUUCUCCAGGUCAAGUUCUCUACUGGAGUUGCUGGUGGCUUAGAACCUCUACCCCCUGGUGUGACACCCGAGACCGAGGCGGAAUGGCGCAAGGCGAAUGGAUUAGAGGGCAUCGUCAAGCCGCCGAGAUGGAAGUUGGAGGACGUCAUUGCGCGGGGCGAGCUUGACGUCAAGGACCGCCUGAGAUAAUAAGGGGUACAAGCACAUACCUAUCCUUGGGUUGCCUGCCGUGUCUACCUCGUACCUACCCAAAUAGCAUAACCCUCCCCAUCCAUUUCCCCCCUUUCCCCUGGGAACCGGCGUUGUAGUAUAUAAUAGAAGGAGAACUUGUGGAGUUGGUGGGAUUGGGGUUUAAUAUGAGAGUGGGUGUAGUUGAAAGCAAUAUAAAUCACUAAAGGAAGUUGCAUCUGUCUUGUGCUUGGCUACAAACUCAACAAAUUCAUGCAUUUCUAUGAACCUACUCUUCGUGGCAUUACAUUGAUUGGAGUGUAGAGUCAGGGGCUCUGCCUCCUGCCCAAGGUAAGACAGCUCGGAUAAAUCUCACAUGGAACCUGCCAGCCAGUCUAGGGGAGAGGCUGGAGGAUUCUUUUUCUUUUCUCUUUU